GUAGGGAUAGCUUAGAUGUGUGGUAGGUUGUAUCUCCAAUGUGAUACAAGGGAGGUACAGUGGAACUAGGGCACAGCUGCCUUAGUGAAUAACUAGGAGCUCUACUACUUUUGGUUGAAAGAGGGGCAUCAUCUUUGGGCUGUGUGUAACUAAAAGAAACAUUUGUUUUACACCAUUGGUUAGAUUUAUUAUUUUGUUUUUCUGUUAAGUAUUAGAUGUUCAUUAUUACAAAGAUAACUUAAUUGGAAAACAUUCUCCAGCUAACCUAGGAACAGAAAAGUCAUUGUAGCCCAUGUUUAGGAAUUUAAAUGUAGGUGCCAACCCAGUAUGUACAAAGAAUUGGCAUAGAACACUAAAGAUCAUAACAACAUGCUGCAUUCCCUUUAGGGGGGGAUGGUCCAUAAAGGCUCAGCAGACUGACUCUCAUUGAGCUCUGCUAUUGGAGGGUUAAAACAAAGACAGAUGGGAAAUGGCGGCCAGUUCCCAACUAUACAAAGAGCGUGCGAGCCGUUACCCAGCGCGGCGCAUGGCUGCAUUCUGACUUCUUCAAAACCUCCCACACCAGCCAAUAGGAAGGCGACUUCACUCUACCGGAAGUGACGUUGCAGUCGUUUAAUGCAGUGGGCGUCGUCUAGCAGUCCGGGUUCGUCCCAUCAGGUUUCGUGUUAUAAAUACUCGGCGGUUUCUCUUUAUUGGUUUCUUGCGGUAGUGCUGUGUAUCCGGGAGGGCUGUUCGGGCUUUACGUGCGCUCACCGGGCCAGUGGAAAGUCACAAUAACUGAGCUCUCUAUCUGCAGCGGAAGGAGCCGUCCGUGUAGAGGCAGGCAGCGCCGCCAUUUUGUGUUCGUUUCUCCAUCGGCGCGCGCUCUGUGGAAGCUGCUCCACGCGGUCCUGUGACCUUUUUUACUUUUUUCUCCUGGUCCCGUUCACACAAAAGGCUUCAAGCUGGAGAUGUCAGGGGGAGGCGUGAUUAGGGGGCCGGCGGGCAAUAACGAUUGCCGAAUAUACGUGGGGAACCUGCCGCCCGAUAUCCGGACCAAGGACAUAGAAGACGUCUUCUACAAGUAUGGCGCCAUCCGCGACAUUGACCUCAAAAACCGGAGAGGCGGGCCGCCAUUCGCCUUCGUGGAGUUUGAGGAUCCCAGGUAAACCCUGCUCGCUCGGUAUCCGGGCGGCCUCCUAAUGGCGGGGGUGGGUCGGUGCGAUCUCAUGGAGAGAUAUCGGCACUGCUUUGUUCAUUGUAGGGACAUCUGCACCAUUAUACUCUCUGACCAGCAAUAAUCCUCCUCCUCCUCAGUGGAGGCUGGAAUUAGUCAUUAUCAUUAUUUCACCAAUGAAAAAUGUGGUUAUAAAACUGAAAUUAAAUGUAUUAGUGGUGCCAAGGGCCUUAAAUUGCAGUUACUUUACGAGUGUUAAUGUAAACAUCGGUUUUAUUUCCCUUGGAUAUGUAAUUUCGGUGUGUGUACAUCUAAGCCAUUUAUUCUCGUUAACGUGUCCUUAAAUCGUGGUUUAAAGAGAUCCAGAUGUGCAGCCAUUAUUAACACGUGCAUGCUUACCGUAAGGGCUCUUUACUGCCCCCAUCUGUUUUUUAUUUUUGUUCUGGAUUGCUUCCAUUGGCUGUUAAAUGCACUCUGUUCCUUUGUGUUUAGUAUAUAAUCGAUUAGAAUACCGUUCGCUAUAGCGCCUUUUAUGCAAUUACAUAGUGGUGAACUACAAACUUAAAGCCAGAGUAGAUGUAUUCAAAGGAUGGAUAUUUUCCAGUUUGCCUAUUUUGACCUUUAAACUUGAAAAUCACUUUGGUUUAUCAUUUAUAGUAAAUAACCACCCUGGUUGUCUUAACCCAUUAAGGACCAAACUUCUGGAAUAAAAGGGAAUCAUGUCAUGUGUACUUAAGGGGUUAAGUCUGCAUUUCCUGAUGAAACAUAAGUUACACUUUAGCGUUCACUGGCAAACCUUUAAGUGGUUAUUAAAUGUUUUUGGUAGGCAUGAUGAUCAGAGUACCCCAACUGAGGAAGUUGAUAAUUUGUAAGGUCUUACCCCACCAAUGUUUGGAAACUUGGUUUAGAAUUGCGGUUCAAUUUGCUACAAACAGGACUGCAUAGUAUAUAUUUUUUUAUUCUGUCUUGUAUAGGCUGCUACCUUAACAAAAAGUAAACUUUGAUUUGUUCCGCUUUUAUUUUUAAUAGUUUAUUUAUCAAAUUCUACAAGUCGUUCUGCUACUAGAAAAUAAAAAUGAUUGUAUUUUUUUUUUUUUUCCUUAUCACUCAGAGAUGCAGAGGAUGCAGUAUAUGGCAGAGAUGGUUAUGAUUAUGAUGGCUAUCGUCUCCGUGUGGAGUUUCCACGAAGUGGUCGUGGGGCUGGAGGAAGAGGUGGUGGUGGUGGAGGCGGCGGUGGAGGAGGAGGAGGAGGAGGAGGCGGCGGUGGUGGUGGUGGUGGUGGGGGGGCACCUCGUGGAAGAUAUGGCCCUCCAUCUAGACGUUCGGAGUACAGAGUAAUUGUUUCAGGUGAGCAUGUCGGUGAAAAUCUUUAUCAAACAGUCUCAAACUUAAUUUUUAAACUGCAUAUUUAUCACAUCCUGUAAAAAAAAACACCAAUUAAGUCCAUUAUGUUCACAUAAUAAUCUACCCCCAUAAACCUCUGUUAAUCUUGCCUUGGGACCUUGAAAGUUAAUGAUGCAAGCUUUUUGUGUUGCAAGCAACUUUGAGAACCCACCAGAUUCAGAAUAGAGCAUGGCAGUCUUAGCCUGUCCCCAGCAGAUGAGCGGAGUUGCCAGCUUCCCAGCACCAGUCUGUGUUUGACAGGGAACUAGGCUCAUUCAGAAUAAAACUACGUGUUCUGAAAAUGGCCAGUAGGUGGUUGCAACAUACCGCCACUGUGUUAAAUACAGCAAAACCCAUAUCUAAUAUCAGAAUUCAUAUUAGCGGUGGGUUACCUUAGGAUUAGAUUUAGGGCUGAGAGUAUAGUAGGGUUACUUAUUGUUGGGGUAGGUUUAUAGUAAGCGCUACAGAAUCUGUUGGCGCUAUAUAAACGACGGGAAUAAUGGGGUCGAAGGUAGGUGUAAGGUUACGGUAGAGAUACAGCUAGUGUACGCAUUGGGUAAGGUUGUAAAGUUGAAAAGUCAAUUUAGAUCCUAAGUAUACUGGGUAUUUAACAAUCAGGACUGUUUUAUGAAUCUGUUUAAGUUCUUUCUAAUUGCAAACAAAUUAUAUAUUUUUUUUAAAUGUAAUGUGUUGUGUGUACAUGUAGGAUGUUAAAUGAAAGUAAUUUUGCUAAAGGAACCCUUAAAUUAUGGUGGAUACAUCUACAGCUCAAAUUCAAGAUUUUGUUUUGGUUCACAAUGUGGACAACUGCCUCAAUCCAUAAGGAGAUAACAUUUAGACUGGAGGGACAGGCAAUCACAGGAAGUGAGUGCUUUAAUUGAAGCAGUAUCCAUAAAUGUUGCCAUAAUUCUAUACAAAUGCUAAUGGAUGGCAGUACAGUAAAUUGUGAAACACUUCAGAUUAGAUGGCAGCUUUUGAUAACAUGGCAUGAUGCUAGGAAAAUCUUGAUUAAUAGCUGGGUUUUAAUGUAGCUUUUUCAAUCUGAAGCAUCACAUUUUACUUUUAUUUUAUUUAUUUUUUAUUUUUUUAAAUAUAUACUUACAUUUUCGUUUUUACCAAGGUCUGGCUAGUAAUGUAGUAGUAAACAUUAUAAGCCCUACUCAAAUCAGAGGCUGUCCGUAAAAAAACAAAGCAAGGAAGCUGUAAAAGUUUUUCACUGUAAGUGCCGUUGUGUGUUUUAAGUGUGCUACUUAUCGGCAGACUGCACCAAGGCACUCUUGGCACUAUAACCACCUUAGAAUGAUGGUUAUGGUGCUUACAUUGUUCCUUUUCUUCAACCCAAAAGCUACAGUUCCAGCUGCUGGAGUACUCUAGGCUGCUUAUAGAUAAAUGAUUUAAAAAUAAAAAUUAAAUCUGGAUUUAUUAAUACAAUGUACAGUUCAGUAUACCUUGCACCCAACCAGCCUACUGUGUCUUGUCAAUGCAAAGUUAAAGUGCUUAGAGUUCCCUUUAGAGGAUAGGGCAAAUUGGUUAGCACAUGUAAAAUUAUUUUGUGUAAAGCAAGAAAAUUGAUAUUUGUGAACUACUGAUAACAUCCCUAUGUAUUUAACAUAUUUAUCACAUUUUAUAUCCAUAUUUAUCUUAUAGGGCUGCCUCCAAGUGGAAGUUGGCAGGAUCUGAAGGAUCACAUGCGUGAGGCAGGUGAUGUAUGUUAUGCUGAUGUUUACCGAGAUGGUACCGGAGUUGUGGAAUUUGUGCGGAAAGAAGAUAUGACCUACGCAGUGCGGAAACUGGAUAACACUAAAUUUAGGUCGCAUGAGGUAGGUAUUUAUCCAUAUUUGCAAUAUGUGGAAAAUUGUGAGUUUUUUUUUUUUAACUUUUACUUCUUAAGGUAAGAAUAUCACUGUUGUGAAACCAAUCUGGUUUAUCUAGUUGCCUAAAAUGCAUAACUGGUUAAGAUUUGCUUGUUCAAUCCUAGGUUCUUUUUCUUUAAUAGGGUGAAACUGCCUACAUUCGUGUUAAGGUUGAUGGACCAAGAAGCCCCAGUUACGGAAGAUCGCGGUCUCGCAGCCGCAGCCGUAGCAGGAGCCGUAGUAGAAGCAAUAGUCGUAGCCGAAGCUAUUCUCCAAGAAGAAGCCGUGGAUCUCCUCGCUACUCUCCCCGUCACAGCAGAUCCCGCUCCCGCACAUAAAUAAUCAAGUGAUACAUUUUUUCUUUUUUUUUGUAUACCUUCUUGUUGUAUACAGUUUGAUUCCAUAUUUCACCCUUUUUUUUUACCAUGUUUGCUUUAAGUGUCUUGUGUAGUAUCAAUUUGUUCCUUAACAUGCAUUCUCCUCAUGCUUGAUACUGUAUUUUAAGUUAGAUUGAAUUCUUCAAUGUAGCCACUCUGAAGCCAUUUUAUAAAUUUUUUUUUUUUGUCUGAUAUGGUGUUUGGCACUAAAGCGCUGGGGUGGCUAUGGUUGAAUAUUGUGGGAAAUUUUGUUUUACCUUGCCUUUUCAUGUGUCUUUCUGUAGACAUAUCUGAAGAGAUGGAUUAAAGAAUUGUGGAGGACAUUUCAAACAUUUUAGGAUUGUCAAAAGGAGGCUUGUGGAGGAUCAGAUCAUAAAUGGAGGCCAUGGUAUGACUCCAAUGCUAUUGUCAGACAAAAUGGCAGUAUUGACCUUAUGCUACGAAUUCUUAAUUGAACUCAUUAAACCAGUGGUACUAGGCUCCUUUAUUCAUGUUAGGCCGUAUUACUGAGAUUCCUGCCACUUGAGGUUACAUCUUUCAUCCGCAUGUCUUGUGGGCCUCUUUAAAGUAUAAUAUCAAUACUGCUAACCAUGCAUGUCCUCUUUGACUAGUAUAAGCAUUGGUUUUUUUUUUUUGGUUUUCUUUUAUUGGUAAGAAUUAAAAUUUAAUGUUGUAGGCAGAUGUGAGGGGUUUAGUGACCCUCUGCCCCCUCAGCCUUCUUGCACCUGGAUGCUGGCUCACUUAAUUAUUUUUAAUUUACCUCUUUUUGCAUGGGCACAGACGUCCACCUGACUUAAGCUAGAAAAGAAAUUGCUCUUGAAAUUCUUUGUGAUAACUUUAAUAACAAGAACAAUGUAAUGAGGCAGUCCAGCAGUGGGAGAGAAGUUUCUGUAGUUACCAUGAAUGUUGACUCAAAAUGUUAUGCAAGACUAAACAGAUAUUCCUGCUAGCACAAUACUUUUUCUAAUACAUGCAGUGCAUCUGAUAUUAAAUUUUAUAUUUGGUUUCCACCUGAUAAGUAUGUGGGUUUUGUUCUUCUAGACGUUGGCACAUUUAAAUGUAGAAUACAGUACUUUUCAGUAAAAUCUAAAUAUACUUUAUAUAACGUUAGAAAAAACAUUUUUGGUUAUCAAUCUAAACUACACACCACUGACACUAUAAAAUGUAAGUUUGAUAACGAAUACCUUGUUUUGGCAUGUCUGGUACACACUCAGUUUAGUUUCAUUCAAUAUUAGUAUGCCAUAAAAUGAAUACAUUGAACACCUAAACUAGCAGGUGGCUUAAAUAGAAAGUACUGUGCAAAUGCAUUAUAUCCAGCAUCCCAGUAAAGCUGCAUAGUGGAAAGGCUUGUGUGCUCAUGCUAACAUUUGGCCAAAGGAAGACUAAUUUAAAAAUCUUGAUAGACCGAACACUUUUGAAGUUGCCUCGUCCCCCUCUUUUUCAUUAAGGUGCAUUACAACAUGCAAAGUAUAUAACUUAACCCCAAUCAGCUUCACGCUUCAACAUGCAGCUAUGAUUUAAAAAAAACUGUGCCAUACCAUUCAAUAGAUCUUUGUUUUGGGAAAGUGAAUAGUUAUCUAUGCAUACUUCAAACUGCACACAUAACUGCUCACUUCCCAGACAUGUGUUUUGACAAUAUCUAACUAUUCCUCUUUUUGGUUUUGCUGGUUAUUAAGGUUUGGAUUGGAGAGGGCUCACUGGAUCCCAAUCCUGGAGCUGGAUCAUUGGAUUCAAAUCAUAGGAAUGAAUAGGAUAGGGAGGAUGAAUGACCAGGAUUCAUGGAGCGGGAUCAUAAAACAAGGAUCAUAGGAGUGGAUUCCUGCCAAAUCUAAACCGCAUUCGUAUGGAAGUUUUUUUUCUUUUCUCCAUACACCUCAAUUGGCAAUACCAUACAAAAUAAUGUUGACAAGUGGAGCCUUGGCUUUUUUAAGAGAAAAGAGGAGACCUGAGGCACGCUGGAGCCAUCUCCUGGGAAGGAUACAACUCGAAUAGAUGGUAAAUGUAAAGGGAUAAGGGGGAUUAAAUGAAACACCACUAGUAAUCUAAUUUUUAAAAUGGGAUUUAAAGUAGGCUUUCAAUUGGCAAAUAAGGCUUUGUUUUGAAAAAUAAAAUUAAAAAAGCAUAAACUGUGUGAUUGCUUUUUGUUCAUCUCUUUAUGAUCUGUGGGCCCCUGUCGUCUAUUGCUGGCAGCAAUUUUUUUCCAAGCCAAAAAAACUGGUCGCUGAUUGAUUUGCAACAACUCAGGUAUGUUUGGGUUACUGGGUAACAAUGUUGUACA